AGAGUGUCCCCCCCUCUGCUGUCCCUGUGGGAUCCCCCUGACCCCCAAACCCACCCUCCCCACGGCAGGGCUGCUCACAUUUCCCUGCCACCACCCCACCUUGCCUUGUCCCCUCCUGGCCGUGCUGGAGCUGCCUCCCAGGAGGAUUUUUUCCAUUUUUUCUCCCUCAGACUAUGCCAGGUGUGGGCAGCAAUCCAGGCCAUGGCUGGGUCCAGCAAGGCUUUGGUGCUGCCUGUCCUGCUCUGCUGCCUCUGCCCAGGUGAGUGGGACGGGAUGAGUCAGCGGGGCCGGGGCGAUGCUGCAGGUGGGGGGUUCAGCCCAGCCCCAAAUUUGGGCUGGGAGAGACCUGAGAGCUCGCCCAGCCCUGGGCAGGGACACUUUCCACUGUCCCAGGCUGCUCCAAACCCUGUCCAGCCUGGCUUUGGACCAUGGAAAAAUGAUUUCUGCCCAGCAUCACCCGUGACCCUGCGUUUAUCCACACCCCGUGGGGUUCGAGGCGCUGCGAGCAUCGAGUGCAAGGGGCGCGUGUGGAUCGAGCCCGCGGCCGUGGUUCGGAUGGGUUCCGACAUCUCCAUCGGCUGCCAGGCCACGCUGAGCUGCCCUUCGGCCCAGCUCCUCAUCCUCCUCAACUACAGCCGGGCUGAGGGCACCGAGCAGCCCCUGCCCGGCAGCGCCGUGCGCCUCCUCCUGCGCGAUUUUCGGAUGCCCUUGGCCACCGUGAGCUGCUUCUCCCGCUGCUCCGGCAGCCUGAGCCACAGCCUGGUGUGCGGCUCCGAGCUCCGGGCGGGCUACCCCCCGGACCCCCCCGGGAACCUGAGCUGCGCCAUCGCCGAGGGCUCGGAGCGCCUGGAGUGCGCCUGGGACACGGGACGGGACACGCAGCUGCCCACCCGGCACAGCCUGCACCUGCGCAGGGUGGUGGCACAGGAUGAGGAGGAUGAGGAAGAAAAGAGCUUCCCUGCAGGCUCACCUGUGCUGCUGAGAGAGCUGCACAACGAGAGCCACUACUCGGUGUGGGUGCAGGCCAACAACACGCUGGGCACCGCCCGCUCGGCCCCACAGCUCCUCAGCCUGCAGGAGAUCGUUGUCCCCGCCCUGCCCGUGGCCAUCGGCGCUGACACCUCGGAGUCGUCCCCCCUCACCACCACGCGCUGGAGGAGCCGGAGCCGGCUGCAGAACGUGCAGUGCCAGGAGAGGCACAGAGCCACGGACACCCAGCGUGCGCUGUGCCCCGCGGGGUGGCACUGGAGGGGACAAUGUCACCCCUGUCCCGUGCCAGGAGGUGGCAGUGGGGACCCGCCGGGUGCCGCUCCCCCAGCCCCGCUGUCCCUGCAGGUGGAGCCGUGCGACACCGCGACACAGGACGGUCCCCGCUGGCAGCACGAGCUGCAGAGCGACACCGAGUUCGUGUUCCAGGUGCGGUGCCGGCUCGGCAGCGCCCGCAGCCCCUGGAGCGCCUGGAGCCCCCCCCUCACCUACAGCACCCCCGAGGCAGCCCCCGCCGCCGCUCCCGCCGUGUGGCGGCGCCUGGGCCGGCUCCUGCCCGACGGCAGCCGCGAGGUGACGAUCUUGAUCAAGCCGCUGGCAGCCCGGGAUGCCCGCGGGAGGAUCCUGGGCUAUGCCGUGAGCCCCGAGAGCUCCGGGGGAGCGGAGCCGCUGUGCCUCACCUCGGGCACCGAGUGCACGGUGCUGGUGCCGCCGGGAGCCCGCAGCCUCCUCGUCACCGCCCGCAACUCCAAAGGGACCUCCAGCCCUGCCAGCAUCCCCCUGAGCCGGGCUGCGGCCGGGCGAGAAUUCCCAGCACCAGAGGCCGUGGAGGUGAAGCCUGAGAACCAGAGCACGCUCCUGGUGCAGUGGAAACCCCCCCAGCACAGCCAGACCCUGCUCUGGUUCAUUCUGGAGUGGAUUUCCAGCUCCCAGCACGGCCAGGAGGAGGAGAAAUUCUCCUGGGAAAAAGUCCCACGGCAGGAAACACACACCUACAUCCAAGCCGAGGCAGCGGCCGGAGCCCCGGCCCGGGUGCGGCUGUUCGCGGUGUACCCCGAUGGCAUCAGCGAGCCCAGCUCCAGCCCAGCCCCUCCUCAGGAGCAGCUCCUGGGCAGAGCCUUCAGCGAGAUGUCCCAGGAUGACGACACCAGAGUUUUCUUGGGACUGAGCCUCAGCAUGGUGGGAUUGUCAAUUCUUUUUGCAGUUGUGAUGUUUAAAAAAUCAGUCAGGAAAAGGGUGAAGGCCACCCUCGUGUCCCUGUUGCCAGAGUGGCUCUUGGAGGACUUUCCCCGCCUGGAGAACAGCGCCGUGGUGAAGUCACUGCAGCCCCAGGAGCCGUUCCUGGCCCCCGGCGACCCCGCGGUCACCGAAAUCGAGGAGGUGCCGGCUCAGGAGCAGCACCAGAGCCUGGACACCAAGGCCAGGGCCAGGACAGAGGUGGCAGAGCUGCCAAGGACCGUGGUGGCCCCCAGCAGCCUGGCCCUGGAGCAGCUCAGCCCCUACAAGCCCCAGCUCUGUGACAGGGACGCUCUGGGAUACGUCGCCGCCGGAUUUCCCCAGGCGCAUCCACCCGCAGAAAUCCCAGAACCAGAGGUGGGAAUCUUCUGCCAGGACUACACCAGCCCUGUCCCCCAGCUGUGGGAGCAGCAGGGAGCAGGGACAGCCAGAGAGUGUCUGCUGGAGAGGAUCCACCUGGUCCUGAACAGCAGCCAGGCGUUCCCAGCGCAGGAAUUCCGGAGCCCGGAGAAGCCCUGGGAGCCCAGCGAUGUCCCCGAGCAGAUGUUGGUCCCUCAGGAGCUGCUGUCCUGCCUGAGAGCCUCCAGCAGGGAGCCUGUGGAUACAAACACAGAAUGGGAGGGCUGUUCUGGCAGGAGCUGGGAUUGGGGAUGAACCCCUGGAGUGUCAGCAAUUCCCUGGGAUUGCCAAUGGAAGAAUCAGAGAGGAGCUCCGGGUUGGAAUUUCGUCCUCUGCAAACUCCACUGCAGGUUCCUGUCCCUGCCUGGGAAGCUUGGGCCAGCCAAUCCCAAAUUUUAACUUCCCUCACACUGGCAGAAGGAAAAAAGCCCAUAAAGGUUGGAUUUCUGGAAUGCCAGGCAGGAGAAUCCUGCAGGGUGCAAUAUCUUCAAUUACUGCUCAACACUGUCCUCCUGUUAAAGGUUUGGAGCAUUGCAUUCCCAAAAGUUUGGAGUAUUUAAUUCCCAGAAGUUUGGAGUAUUUAAUUCCCAGAACUUUGGAGUAUUUAAUUCCCAAAUGUUCAGAGCAUUUCAUUCCCAAGAGUUUGGAGCAUUUAAUUCCUAAAAGUUUGGAGCCCUUCAUUUUGAAAAGUUUGGAGCAUUUAAUUCCCAAGAGUUUGGAGUAUUUAAUUCCCAAAUGUUUGGAGUAUUUCAUUCCCAGAAGUUUGGAGCAGUUCAUUCCUCAAAGUCUGGAGCACUUCAUUUCAAAAAGUUUGGAGCAUUUCAUUUUGAAAUCUUUGGAGCAUUUCAUUCCCAAAAAUGUGGAGCAUUUAAUUCCAAAACGUUUGGAGCAUUUCAUUCCCAAAUCUUUGGAGCACUUCAUUCCUAAAAGUUUGGAGCAUUCCAUUCCCAAAAGUUUGGAGCAUUCAUUCCUGGAGCCAAUUGCGGCUAAAAUGGAUAAAAAAAUCCCUCAGACAUCCUGACA